AUGUCCCUGGAGGCCUUCCUCGCCGACUGCCCCCCCUGCCCGCCCUCUCUGCCCGCCUCCCUGGCCGCCUUCCUCGCCAAGCACCGGUCCCCCGCCGAUGCCGCCGAUCAUGGCGAUCCCGGGUCGGCCUCGAAUCGGCUCUCCCGGCCCCUGGCGGUCGUCACGUCGGGCGGCACCACGGUGCCGCUGGAGCGGCGCUGCGUGCGAUUCAUCGACAACUUCAGCGAGGGGCGGCGCGGCGCGCUGUCCGCGGAGCGACUUCUUGCGGCGGGCUACGCGGUGGUGUUCCUGACGCGGGCGGGAUCGGCGCAGCCGUUCUCGAGCGGGAUGGAGCCCGCGGAAGCGCUGCCAGGCCUGCUGGAGUUGGCUGCAGACGGCUCUGUCCAGGUGCGCCCCUCGCGCCAACCCGACCUGGGCCCCCUCCUUGCCAAGUCGGAGGCUGCGCGGCGCGCGGGGGCCCUCCUGACCCUCCCCUUCACCACGCUCUUCGACUACCUCACAUACCUUAAAGCCAUCGCGGAUGCUGUGGCCCCCUACGGACCCCAGGCUAUGUACGAUGUCCAUGCCGUGGUGGCCAAUGUGCUCGACACCAGGAAGGACACCGUAGUGGUCGUCACAAAGGGACAGGACGGUGCGGGCCCCAAGGCCCACAGGAUAGACAGAGCUACCCAGGAGGAGCACAUUGAGGAUCAGCUGGUGGCGACGAUCGCGCAGAUGCAUCGGGACUUUGCAGACCAGAUGCAGGACAGGUGA